CCCAGUUCUGCCGUCUUCUCUUUGGGGUUGCUUAGAGGUCCAGGGUGUGCCUUUUCCCUAGUGGGUCAGAAGGGAUGAAGAGACUGGGCUGGCAUGUACAGAGCCCUUUCUGAGUGCCAGGCUGCUCUGGGUGCCCCAUGUAGGACCUCACUGGGUCUUCACAGCUCGUUUAGGGUAUGUCUGAUUAUCCCCGUGUUACUGGUGGGCAGGCUGGAGCUUGAGGUUAACUGACUCCCUGGGGUCCGCGGACCAGUAGAGACUGUGUGUACAUUCGGGGUGCUGAUCUGAGAGGGGCCGAGAGGGAAAAGGUCGCCUUUGGGUAGAAUUUAUACCCCAUGCCCAAGUAUGAUCAGCAAAAGACACCCCAGAGUCUGACUCUGCAAAGGAGAUGGUAAGCUGUGGUGAUAGUGAAGCAUUGCGUUCACACUUCAGUUUCAGCUUCUGCGGAUAACUAAUCACUUGAUCUCAGAUAAUAAUUGUAACAUUUGCGUGACACAUCAGUGAAGGAAAAGGGAGUCAUAAAGCCUUCUACCGUCAUAGUACAUUCCAGCCAAAAACCUGUAUGCUCCUGUUUGAUUUUCAGAUACGCUGUCUUCACACUCAUCAAGGAGAGUUUAGAGACUAGAUACGUGGACUUCCCAAAGGUUGACAAUCUAGAUGUGCGUCUUGGUUUUUCCACUUUAGUAACUAACCUUCUGAAACUUUGUGUUCUUAUCGAUGAGGUAGGGUUAAAAACACCUCACAGCGAGGUUACACGUGACAAUAAUAGGAAAUGGGUAGAACCAUUGUAAUGCGUCUUAUUUUUGUAGAUUUCUGUGACUCUAGAAACUCAGUAUACAAAUGACACGAAAUAGCGAACCUGUGUGUGCCAUGAGUGUCCUGUCGGACUAGAGGGCGUAGAGGGUAGCAUGGGUAUUUUGACAUGAAGUUUUCUAGCCAGAUGAGGCCGUUGACUUGGUGUUCAUCUAACCUUUGGAUUUAUUUGGCAUAUUUAUGUAUGACCUGUUUGUAUUUUAGAUGAGUGGUCCUAACCUUUGUUAGGGAUUGUAACCCAGGGUCAGACUUCAUAAGGAACAGCUGGUUCUUUUCCCUGUGUUCCCAUAAGCUGCCUCUUCCCCACUCCGUGUUCCAGUUAGGGUUUAGUUUACUCUGGAAUGUCCGUGAUGAUGUCAGUCAUCCUUUACGGUUCCAUCUUUGGUGACAGUUGGCAGAAAGGUGUUCUUGAGCAGCAUUCUCCAACCUUUAUGGGGUCGGGACUGGUGCUCCUAUGAGAAUCUAAUGCCUGAUCAUCUGAGGUGGAGCUGAGGCGGUGAUGCUAGCUAGUGCUGGGGAGAGGCUGCAGAUAACAGGUGAUGAUGCUUCACUUGCUCUCUGGCCAGCUCACCUCCUGCUGUGCGGCUUGGUUCCUGACAAGCCACACCUGAUCUGCAGCCUGGGUGUUGGGGAUCUCUUUUCUAGAGGGCUCUUUUUCAUGGACUUGCUUCCUCAGAGUCCUGGGAGCUCACCUGAACUUUCACUAGACCUACUAACCAUAUAACCAGAUGAUUAACUAUAUAAAGAAGCAGAUGUCUGAAAUAAAGGUGGCCUAGUAACUUAGUUGGGGGCAAUUUACAUUUAUAUUAUUUGUUGUUUUCCUUAUUAUACCUGUUCAUCAAAAAGCUUGAAAUAAAAGAUCUGUUAACGUUUUAUUACUGAAAUUAUGAGCCAGGGAUGUUUGAAAGCAUCCGCUUCUGCACGUCGCAGCAGCUGGAAGGCCGUGGGAAAGGUUUGCACUGGCUCGUAUAGAGCCGGUGCCUGAAAACCUGAAUGUCCAAGAAGGGCUAACCGGGGCUCGCCCAGUCUCUCCUUAGUGGAGAGUCUCUGAGGAACCCUUAGAGGCCAUUUAGCGCAUCUCCGCCCUAAGUCGGACCCCUUCUGCAGCAUUCCUGAUGGAGGGUCCCCAGGCUCUGCUGACCUCCGGGGACAGUGAGCCCUCUCCGCUAUUGGACACUGAUUAUCACAAGUUUUUUCUGUGUAGAGAGGAGAGCCUUCACCUUCUAACUUCUAUCUGGGUCUUCAGUCUGCUCUUUAGAAUAAGCAAAGCAGUCUUUGUAUUUCAAAAUCAUUCAGUACUGAAUUCCUUUCAAUCAAGUUCCCAUCGUACAUCUUUUCAGAAACACAUGUUCUUGCGUCAAACCCUGAGGGCAGACUUCGGGGUGGUGAAUGUGACCCCUCGGGCCUUGUGUGGGGCCUGGCACGGCAGGUGCCUGGUGAAUUCUUGUUCCCAGUGUCUAUGAUGUGCGGGUAGGAUGAGUAGCAGCCCUCGCUCGGGUCCCUCGGCUCUGCCCUGGCGUUUCCAGCGAUUGGAGUGGGGAGCUUGUCUUUGUGCUGGGGCGGGGGCUGAGGACAACUUAGGAACAGUCCUCACACGCAUGCCUGCUGUGCGUUCUGCUGUAUGAGGUGCUUUACGUGAUCUUACUGGCCCUUGCCACAGUUCUGCGAGAUAGGCUGUACUGUUCUUAUCCCCAGAGAGAUUAAUUAAGUGGCAAUGCCAAGAUUUUAGUUUAGAGCCCUCACCCUGAAGCACUAAGGUAUGUUGCCACCUCCUUGAAAACAGCCAGUAAUAACGUAAAACGAAGCCUUCCCCAACCUGCGGCACAGAACCCUCCUUGGCACACUUGUGACACCGAAAACGUACUUUUCUUUCAUUUGUGGGUAUGUCUCCUGCCCUCAGCUAGGCCAUCACAGCGUUGUCGGUGGAUGGCGCGGCUCCUUUGUACAUGCGAGGUGCUGAGAAUGUUGAAUGAGGCUGUCGAAUAAAAUCUGCACAGUAUCUAAAGGGUGUAGGAAGCUGGCUGGGCUGCCAUGACUUUCUCAUCUGCAAAUACAUCUCAGAGUUUUUAAUUUGUGAGAAUUAUCUUAGGCAAAGGUGUGUCGGCAAAGAAGAAAGGACCCGGCACCGCGCAGUGUGAGCCGCGGGUCCUCGGCCGUGGCGCUUUUGCCUGGGAUCUCAAACAACAAGUCUGAUGACAUGAAAUUCGAGGCUGAGCUUCCCCGAGCGAAGGGCCGUGGGGUGGGCUGUAGGAAGCUGCGCAUGCUGACGUUCACUUCUGGAAGGAGCCGCCAGCUCUUCGGUGGCUCCACUUCCAUUAGGAACCUUGCCGUGGGUGCUGGUCACCUUUAGUAGGUUUGCGCUGCUCGUUUCAGAUUCUUCCAGUUGUCUUCGUUGGGGGAAGAGAGUCUGCGUGUGUGUUUGUGUGAUUCUGAAAGUGGGGCCUGCGAGGAAGAGCCCGGAGGCACAGAGGACUUGACCGUUAGCGCCAGUCAGCACCUGUCAGCACCUGUCAGCAGUGGCACCGCCGUCAGAAGGAGCCGGUCAAGUGCAAGCCACUCAGGCUUCCUGCUUGCUAUAGGCUUAAUUAUGAGGAAGUGGAACUUCUUCAGAAACAAGUGCGCUCGCAUUGCAAAAGAAGAGAUCCGCGUCCACAAAAACCGAGAUUCCAGGGCUGCAAAGGAGGAUGAGCACCCACAGAGCUGGCACGAAGCGCCAGGCAGCCCGCAGGAUGCCGCCGCCCCUCUGCCUGCUGCUGCUGCUGCUGCUGCUGCUCUUAGGGGCCACCGCUGCCCUUCCCCUGGAGAGUGGCCUCGCUGGGCACGACAGCGGGCAUAUGCAGGAAGUGGCAGAAAUACAGAAAAACAGCCUGUUGACUUUCCUUGCUCAGUGGUACAAGUGGACCUCCCAGGCCCAUGCGGUGCCCUUCGUAGGGGCAGCCAGGGAGGUGUCCAAGAGGCAGGAAGGCCCGCCCCCUCAGCAGGCCCCGCGCCCAGAGAAAGCGCCCUGCAAGAACUUCUUCUGGAAGACCUUCUCCUCCUGCAAGUAGAACUCCAGCCACGAUGACUCGGGCAGGGAAGUGUAAUGAUGACCCGAAUAAAGCCUGUCAAGCAGCCCCGA